AUGAGGAUACCCUAUAGGGUAUCUUUACAUCAACCUCAUCUAUCAACAAUCACAUUCAAUCGUCAUUACUCAUCGGCCAACGAACAAGGUCAUGGUCAGAGCCAGGGUCAGGGUCAAGGUCAGAGUCAUGGACAUGGUCGCGACCAACAACACAAGUCAUCAUCAUCAUCAUCAUCGAGAUGGAAUAAGAAAUGGAUUGUAUCAUUGAGUGUUGGAACAACUGCUUGUGUCGUGGCAACAGGAUUGGCCGUGGCACAUGAACAAAUGAUGUUGGAACCUUGGCUAUUGAAACAGUUGUCGCUGGAUCAUGCACAGUUCAGAUAUACAUGGCAGAACAAUAUACUGUUAUGGCUACUCAAGAGGACUAUUACACAAUACACACGAAUUGACGAAUCACAUCAUAUACCAAUUGGUCAGCUCGUUGACACCCUGGUCGCACUGGUCUACUUCACUCCCGAUGUCAAAUCACGUGAGAUCAUCAUUGACAUUUUGGACCAUCUUUCGAGAAACAGUAUGUUGGAGCGUAGUACUAUCAAUGAACAAUUGGUACAAUGUCUGAUGCAGAUGUGUAAUGACAAUGCUGAGUUGACCGUGCCAGUCGCUCAAGUCAUUAGCAAUCUACUCAAAGGACGUGACACACGUAUCCGCACUCUCAUAAUCAAGUCAAUCGGCUUCAAACAACUCUCCGAUAUCCUUCCACACUCUGACAUCCUAUUCAAACAUGAAGUAUCCCAUUACCUAUCACAUCUUCAUGUGGACUAUCAGACUGAACUGAAUGAAGGCUUGUUUGAGAUGAUUGAAAGCAUGCUGGAAGAUGAUACAUCUUCCAAUGCACUUCCAACUGUUGACCAGCUGGUUGUUACCAAUAUAUCAUCAUUCCUUGCCAACCUCUCAAUAUACACAAUCAGUUCCAAAAUCCAAUGUAAUAUUGCCAAUGCCAUUGUAAACCUAUCCAAUGAUGGUGAGUAG